AUGGUUUCGUUUUUGAGGAAAAAGUUUCGGAGAAUAUCUACCAUGCCUCUCCUCACUCCUUCCGGAAAGCAAUUCUCUCUUCACAAACUCGUUGCCAUGUCUACAAUGCUUACUCCUGGCCAUGGAGUACAUCUCCCCUCUCUCAACAAUACCACCGCAGGGGAUCCCCCGCGACAAGUCUAUCUUUCACAUGAGAUUCAAGAAUAUUUACGGAAGCUCUUCGAUGAAUUAAGAGGUCCGGAACCAUGCCUAGGAAGAGAAAAAUUUGAAAAGUGGUUGGCAGAUGUUCAGGGUCAUACAAUCACACUGGAAAAAGAUACAUACAAAUUCGAACAAUUUCUCGAGUCAGUGUACUAUAGUCAUUCAUUAGAGGUUAUGAAACGUAUUCCGGAGUUAGAUCAGUCAAGACCAAUCACCAACUAUUACAUCAGUAGUAGUCAUAAUACAUAUCUUGAGGGCAAUCAGCUGCUGUCAAGGAGUUCUACAGAAGCAUACAAAACGGCCCUCACACAAAAUUGUCGAUGUAUCGAAAUAGAUGUACACAAUGGAGAAGCAGCAGAGAAAGAUGAUAAAUCAAUCUUUUCGAAUAAAACCGAUCACAAACGGCAGCCUUCUGGAACUGGAAGCACACUUUCAAGCCGAGCAGCUGCAGCUAUAUUGACAGUGGAGGAGAAAUUAGAGAGUGCUAAAGAGAAGUUGGAGAUUGCCAAAGAGAAAUUAGAGGGUAAACAUAAAGUUUCAAAGACAAAUACUGGUGAUAAGCUUAAGGUUUUGGAUGAGGAUGAACAUGGUGGAAGGCCGGCCUCGAUACGAUCAUCGAUGAUUGGAGAACCUUUGGUUUUACAUGGUUGGACAUUGACAGCACCGGUGGGAUUUAGAGCUGUUUGCAAAGCAAUUCGGGAAACUGCUUUCACAACGAGCCCACUCCCUAUUAUCGUCAGUUUAGAAGUUCAUGCCGAUCAUGAACAGCAGGAAAUAAUGGUUGAUAUCAUGAAGGAAGAAUGGGAAGAUCUCUUACUCGAUUCUCCAUUCGAAACAUGUAAUCCGGAAGAAAGGGUUCCUAGACUUGAGGAGCUUCUUAAUAAAAUUUUGGUCAAGGUCAAGAAAGCUCCGGAGCUGAAGGAUGCAUCAGAGCAUUUGAACGAGCUCACGAAUGGAUCCACGAAUGGAUUAUCUCCCACAAACACGGACACUCUAGAGAAGAAGGCGUCAUCCAAUACAUUAGUACCGGUCAUCUCAACAAAGGAUGCAGAAUCUGCACAUUCAGGUUCUGAGGACGACCGAGCAAGUUCAAAGAAGAAAGCAAAGAUCUGCGAAACCCUUGGUAAACUUGGAAUCUAUACUCACAGCGAACAUUUUGUGUCUUUUGACGUUGGAGCAGCCACAAAACCUUCUCACAUUUUUUCCGUCGGUGAGAAAGUGAUCUUGGAACUUCAUGAAUCAAAUCGAGAACAAAUGUUUGCUCACAAUCGCAAUUAUUUCAUGAGAGCAUUUCCAGCUGGGAAAAGAUUCGAUUCCUCUAAUCUCGACCCUUCGGUCUGCUGGCGCAAAGGUAUUCAAAUGGUUGCCUUGAAUUGGCAGACUUUGGAUGAAGGUAUGAUGUUAAAUGAAGGAAUGUUUGCCGGAUCACAAGGGUGGAUAUUGAAACCCCCAGGUUACCGCAGCGAGGAUGUAACAUCCGAAUCUUGUGCAGCUAUCCCUUACAAGACCCUUGAUUUGAAAAUCAGCAUAUUCGCUGGGCAACAAAUCCCCUUUCCUCAAGGCGAGACUGAAAAGGGUUUUCAUCCAUACGUCAAAUGUGAGCUGCACGUUGAAAGCCAAGAAGAGCUCGACGGACAACCAAUUGAAAAUGGAGGCAAAGCAAAAGAGGGUGAACACAAACUCAAGACGGCUUAUAAAUCGGGUAGCAAACCCGAUUAUGAAGGCGAAACUCUUCAUUUUGAAGGUAUCAGGAACGUGGUGGAGGAGUUAAGCUUUGUAAGGUUAGUACAUGUUACACUACUUUUCUUCAACAUUUAUACUUCCGAAGGUUACACAAUCAGGAAACUAGACAAGGUCUAG